AUGAUCUUGCACCUCGACCUUACUGACUCUGGCGAAAGCAACUCGCUGCUAGUUCCGAGUACGAUGGAUUGGAUCGGUGAAGCCUUUUCCGGUAUGUCGUACGGGUUAAAGGUACAUCUUUGCACGCUGGCAAUGUAUCACCUCGUGAUCUUCUUUGUAAAGUCUGGACUUGCAGCCUACAUUGACGUCACGAAGCAGUUAUCCAACAUCAAAGUCUUUGUGGCGAUUCAGCUGACGCAGACGUGUGCAUCUUGA